ACAAAGUAAACGAGCUUUAUCGCUCAAGGGUUGAUGUAUGAUGGUGGUAGAUUUUAUUUUAACUUAAUAAAAUGGCAAACUAAAGUGAAAGUCAGUUCAACUGUAGCUUUUAUCACUGUGUUGUUGUUAUUUUUGUGAAGAGCGUGUGUAUAUCAUCUAUAGUCUGGGAAGAAGUGUCAUGAAAGACUGCGAGGGUGGCGAAUGACCAUCUUUGGCGCCUCUGGUAUUUUCUUGCAGUGGUCAGUGUUGUCCACGCGGCUUUGUCUCUGGCCUCGACCACUUCUAUUCUCAGCUUAGUCCCUUGCUACCAAUCUUUUGUCACUGGGUUGUAUAGUGGAGAGGGUAGGGUGACGCGAUGAGGGUGGCCGACCAGUAUUUCAAAGCCUCACGUUGGUAUGAAACCAUUGCAAACGACGGCUCCGAAACCUCUCUCGUCUGAGAAACAAAAAGCACAUUUUCCGCCCGACGGACGUAAACUAACGCCAUGACGUAACCAUCAGCAUUUUGGACAAAAGCUAUCGAAACAUGACGAAGUGUAGCAUUUCGAGAAAAUUCAUGUCUCUGAAAGCCAGCGAAUAAUUUCAUUCCAUUAAUGUUUUCUUUACAUAGAUAAAAAACCGCAUGACUUUUUUUCUCGGUACUAUAACUUGAUUGGAUGAAUUAAGUGUUAAGCUCAACAUUAUUACUCUGAUAUCGGGGCUUUUUUUCAUUUCUUGCCCCGCUGUUACACUGACUCCAAAUCGCUCCUUUAUUAUGAAAUUGAAUUAUUUUUUAUCAAAUCUAUUUUGAUUUUUUUUUACUUACUGUAUAUGAAUCAUCAAUAUUAAUCUACCACACACAAAGUUUGGUCUUGAACUAGACUCAACAGCAGGUCGUUCGCACAGUUGAUUACAUCGGAUUGUUUGGAAGAACAAGGAUGAACAGUAUGUGGAGACUUUUCUUCUAGAUCUUCAAAAAUCGCUGAUAAAUCUCUAAUAUUUCUUUGUCAUGCCACGUUUGUUUUGAUAACUUGGAUUUUGUGAGUGUAUUUUCCCUGACAAAACCAGUCGGUUUUUUCUAUUCUACUUUGAUGUAUUCGUUUGACGUUGGGAAGAUGAAUUCUAUGCUAGAUGGAUAUGGCGACUACCAGCAUAUAUCAUCUCGGUCUGCCUUUACAGAGAUCCAGCACCAGGCAGCAAUGCCUUAUCAUCACGCUACCGGGACGGGGGCGCCAUCCCACUACCCCCGUCCAAUGCCUUACGGUGCAGCGACAAGAAGACCCAUGACGAACUCUAGCGCUGCCGACACCCACCCGUCUCUGAGUGGGAUGGGUCCGAUGGGUCAGACAAGACAUUACGGCUAUCAUUUCAUGAACUCUCCUAUCGCCGGACAUCCUCCAAUAUACGAUCAUCCUGAUCAAAUCACUUCAUUAUCAUCAAAAGAAGGUUUAUUAGAUCAUAAGAAUGAGAGUGAAACGUCGAUUGAGACCAAACUGAGUUUAAGGGGAAAGAAACUAAGAAAACCCCGAACGAUCUAUACCAGCUUACAACUGCAACAGCUCAAUCAAAGGUUCCACCAGACGCAAUACUUAGCCUUACCGGAGCGAGCCGAGCUAGCUGCAUCGCUUGGUCUCACUCAAACUCAAGUGAAGAUAUGGUUUCAAAAUCGACGCUCAAAAUAUAAAAAGAUAUUGAAACAGCAAAACCAAUCAAACAACAACAAUAAUAAUAAUUCGUCGCACCCCGAGAUGAGCCAACAGGUUCCUCAAACCCAGCAACAACACGAUAUCCAGACACCACCUACAACCCCACAUCCUAGACAACAACAAUUGCCACCUCAGCCACCUUCACAGACGCAAGAUGCGCCACCACACCAGCAUCAGCCGUCCACACCCAUGGGGCAUAUUGACAUGCAUAAAGCCUCCCCGCCGCUCGCCCAAGCUGCACAGCAUGCUACGCACCAUCUCAAUCAACAGCAUCAAAUGACCAUGAAUCAUCCACUCAGUCCCCCCGGUGUGUCGGCGAGCAUGCCUUCAGCGGUCCGGUGGGAGGCCGCAGACUCGGGUCGCAGCAGCGGAGGCAGCAUCGCGGGAAAUGCCAUUAGCAUCGGAAAUAGUGGUCAUCCGGGAAUGGACAUGUCUGUCCAUUCGAGAGAUAAUUAUUAUCCGUCACAUGCAUCGCAACAUUCGUCUACACCCCACCCUUAUUCACAUCAUCAUCACCACCACCACCACCAUCCCCACCCCCAAUACCCUAGCUGGUAUGGUCAAGACGUGGAUCCACGUUCGCAAUACCAGGGCGUGGCCCCUAUGGCGCCUCAUAUAUAACGCCAUUUUCUCUAAAUAACACAACCAUCAGGGGGAAAAUGUGGUUUCAGACAUUCUUUUUCACAGUUAUGAUUAGCAAUUGGAAUCGAGUUUAAAUCUAAAGCUGUGCAAUUUGUGAGGUAUUGGCACUUAGAAUGGACACUUGGAUGUAUCACAAAGACACACACGAUCACCUAAGUAUUGUACAGAGGCUUAAUCACAUCGUGACAUAAAUAUAUGACAACAAAUUAAUUUGUGUUUUAAAAGAUAUACACGCGCAUGUUAUUAUUGAAAACCUGGUUUUAAUGUUGCAAAAUAUUGCUGUUAAAGGAUGUGUGAACUUAUUUGCAUAAAAACAAAAUAUCGUUAUUAUAUUAUGGCGAUAAACAUAGUUUUAUUGUGCAUUGAAAAUUCAAGAAAUGGCUGAAAGUAUUGUAUCUUUUUUUAAGUAUUGUUAUGAUUUAUAGAACUGUUCUCAAAGAGAAAUAUCUCUGAUGUUCCUGUAUGUAUAACUUUAUGCUUAUGCGUUAAUGUUAUUUCGUUACUUAACAAAUUAAAAGGUGCUUCAUUGUGUUUAUGAUCAAGAUUUCAUUACAGACUUGUGUAUAAUAAUGAUUACAUUUCAUGCUAAAAAUAUUGUUGUGUGUUCAAAUAUCUUAUGUUACCCGUUCAUUGAUUUAUUGCAAUUCAUCCAGAGUAGAUGUUAAUAUGUAACUUUGGUCAUUGUCUUUUUGUCACAAGAAAUAAUAUCCAGUAAAGUCCCAUAAUAACUUACAAUCUGUUAAACAGAACAUACAUAAAAUAAAUUAAAAAAUAUGGUAAUAAUAACUGUUACAUGAUAAAGAACUUCAAGAAAUAGCGAAAUAAAGUUACAAUUAUCCCAGAUUAUCUGAUAUAUCUCCCAUUAUCGACACAAAGUUCUGCAGAAAAUGGGCUUAUAUUUUACAGUCUUGAAGUUUAAGUAUGGCAUUGCCUUAUAUAAGGUGAAAGCAUUGAUAAGAAAUUUAAACAUAAGUACAAAAAGAGCCACAUUUCAUAAGACAUCAAUCUUUAUUAUUGAUGAUGAUUCAAUCAAGUACAAGUUUAAUUCUCGAAUUUGUAUUUUAUACUAAGGAUCUUUCAAUAUUCACCAAGAAAGGAUUUUUUUUCAGAAUGGUUUAAUCAUUUAUAACGAACUACCGACCGAGACAACCAAAAAGGGUUCGAAGACCUCUUGCUUUGUUAUUGAAGAUAAUGAAAACAAUAAGAGUUUAGAAAAGACUCACGUGGUAGUUAGUGCCAGGCGGUGUUAUUGCGAUAUCUUCAAUUCCCAACGAUCAACAUCAUAAGGGUGUUAACCAAAGUAUUCAAUGAAAGUACAUGUUACUUAUAGGUACCUACGUAAUUUCACCAAUGUCUUAAGAUACAUUUACUCGAAAAUAAGAUAAUGACAGAAGAUGCGAAACAUAGGAAACAAACAUGUUUUCAAAUCAUUAAUGUUAACAAAUCUAAUGGAAAUAAUAUUGUUGAACUAUUUAAGUUAAUGAUGAUGUAGAAUGUAAAAAUAUCAGAUUCAUUUAAUCCGAUAUUUUAAAUGACAUUGUCAAAAGGACAUACAUCAAUGUGAGCAUUCUAAUAAAAGAGUAGAUCUUAAUAUCAAGAGAAAAUUCAGAGAGAAAAUUUGAUUACCAAACUAGAAAUAUUUUUUAUUCAUUUCCUUUAAAGAACAAAUAUAAAAAACGAAAACAAAUCUAGAUAAGUUUAAUUCAUUGGUGUGUUUUGUUAUUCGUUGCUUUACUCACUUUUGUAUUCGAAAGGUUAUUGGAUACUUUAUUUAUUUUAUUGGAUAUAUUUUUUUUUCACAAGUAUUACGAACACCGAUCACCACCCUACGCAAUCUUUGAAUGAGAUUUUAUAUUGUAAAAGUGCAGGGUGCAAUGCAAAUGGCAAACUCAGCUCUGUCGUUGUAGGUGUUAUCACAAUUUAUCCUCUGUCUAAAAUGUUUUUAAAAAUGAUAAAGAUUUUAAAAAAUAUGUCAUAUAUAAAAUAUGAUGCUUUACAGUCUAUAAGUAAAUACUGAACUCAAUUCAUUACCUCUAUCAUUUUAUCGAUUAUUUGUUCAUUCAUUUUGAUAUAUUUUUAAACCUUUGGUUUUACUCAUUUUGUUUUUCAUUCAUUCAUUAAUUUCUUUGUGCACUCUAAAAAAUAUUGGGUAAAAGUGCUCCAAGAGGGUAAUUAUGUGUCCAACCAACAUUAGGCAUUUCUUUUGGGCGUUUUCAUUCAUCCAGUGUGAUGAAAAUUUUGCCCAUUCUAAAGUAAUUGCUGCUUAUUUUUCAACCUUACUAGACAAUGCGCUUCCCGCAUCUGGUAAAAUACUGCCCAAAAUUGGUUGGACACAUAAUAACCCUCGUGGUGGUAAAAAAAAUUCACCCAAUAUUUUCUACAGUGUGAGAUAUUAAACAUUUUGUUCAUUUAUUCAUCCAUUUAUUUUUUAAUUCAUUAUUCUUUAUUUGUUGAUCAAAAGCAUGUCUAUAAUCCAAAUUUACUUACUUUGCCUUAUUUUGAUUUCUGCCCGAUUUAAUUACAAAUGUGAGAAGCAUGUGGAACUUGUGCACCCCUCACAAACUCGCGUGGACAUUAUGGGGGAAAAAAUUGUUACAUUAUUGUAACUAUUAUUUGUUUUGUUUGUUUUGUGUAAGGUUAAAAUGACAAAAAUGUGCCACAUGGUAUAACGAGCACAAUAAAAUUGGACGAUAUAUGAACAUCAUCUUUCUAACAUUGCCUUAUUUGUUGUAUUACAUCUUGGGUAUUCCUAAAUUCACUCUCGAAUGCUUAGAUUAGAAGAGGUCGGAAAGAGUAUAGGGAGCGAAGAAAGUAGAUUUGUUUUCCCCUACACGAUAUUGAUUGCUAACGUCAUCAAUUAAAGUAACAUUAAUUCAA